CUCAUAUAUCUAGCUAACGCCAAACUAACCUAUAUGUUCUCCGUCUGCAUCUUUGUCAAGCUUCCCUACUACGACUAGACUCGCAGCCACACACCAUGUCCGCCCCACCAGACCCCGCCACCGCUCCUCCCUCCACCGAGGCAGAACUAGAAUCCUUCAGACAAAAGUGGAAAGAAGAGGUGUCUGCGCGCGCAAAAGCAAGGCCCGGCCCGUCUACUCCCUCGCAAGAGCCUUCGUCCAGUAGGCCCAAGGAAGCACAAAGAAACAAGGCUCCCGCUGUCCCCGAUAGGCUCAGAGAUACCUUGGACAGGCACGAUGAUGCCGAACCACACACGUAUCUUGACCUUGGGGAGAGGUCCUCGGGCAGAACACUGGCAGAGCCUGCGCCAGCACCCAAAAAGAAACCAGAGUCGGCAUUGGAGCACUACGAGGAAGCAGUAAGGAGGGAGACUGUUGGCAAUCUGGGCGACAGUGUCGCCCACUACAGAAAGGCUUUUAAGCUCGAUCCCGCAGUUCAGACUCAUUACAAGAACAAACACUUCCCAGCCUCCGCCUUCCCUGCGCCCAAACCCAAACCUACCGACACGAACCCCUCCAAUGCGUCUGCCACAGUACCCAACACUGCACACCACUCGCUAACCGGCCUCUCCUCGUCCGUCACUGAUCUCAUAUCCUCUUUUGCGACACUGUCCAUUCCUGGUGAAGAAGCGCCCACCGACCUCUCCCCCGCGCCACCGUGUCCCAUCUCUGAACUCCCCGAAGAGCUGCUCGCAGAUAUCCUUUUAUACGUGGCAAUUGAUGAUGUUGCGAGGUUUGCGCGUCUCAGUCAAGUUUGCAAGCGCAUGGCCUAUCUCGUCAUGACCGAGGAUCGGGUGUGGCGACGCAUUGCGCUUGGACAAGAAUUCGGGUUUGCAGCUAUGCACUACAAAUGGGCAUGCAAGCUGGACGGGUCGCCAGAAGAAGAAGAAGACGAAGAAGGUAGCGGAGAAGAAGGGGGACGAAUGCUUUCCAGCUAUCUUCCUCCUUCAGAUGCACUCCCAGAGGGAAUUGACGAAGAAGAAUGGGAAGAGCUAGAAAUGGCACGCCUCGCGAGUGCCGCCUUACACACGAUUCCUCUGGUUCCAUCCAAGUACGCCAGCUACAGGACGCUAUUCCGGCAACGGCCCCGAGUCCGCUUCAACGGCUGCUACAUCAGCACCGUGAACUACGCGCGGCCGGGCGCAACGCAGUCGAACACGCUGAACUGGGCCACCAGCCCCGUCCUCAUCGUCACCUACUACCGCUACAUACGGCUGUACCGGGACGGCUCGUGUAUCAGCCUGCUCACAACCGCAGAGCCCAACGAAGUCGUGCCCUACCUCGACAAAGAACAAGCGCUCGCCAACCGCGGGCACCGCAGCCACCUGCCGCAGGCGGUAAUGAAAGACGCGCUGCUCGGGCGGUGGCGGCUCAGCGGGCCCGAAAAAGCCGCGCUGCCGGACGCGGGGGAGCUCCUGUCCGGCACAACGACAGCGACGCCGCACGCGCACUCGGACGUCAGGACGUGCGACCGCCCCGGCCCCGCAGAGGCAGAGGGCACCCUGCACGUCGAGACCGAGGGCGUCACGCCAAAGUACAUCUACCGCUCCGUGCUCGCGCUGGCCAGCGCCGGCCGCCAUGCCCGGAACAACAAGCUCGCGUGGCAGGGCUACUGGAGCUAUAAUCGCCUGACGGACGAUUGGGCCGAGUUCGGCCUCAAGAACGAUAAGCCGUUUUAUUGGUCGCGCGUUAGGAGCUGGCGGUAGGUUGGUUGGUCGGUUGGUCUGUCUGGCUGUCUGGCUGGCUGAUGGCGAGGCGAGCAGUGGGAUCCUCGGCGUAGGUAGGUAGGUAGGUAGGUAGGUAAGCAAGCUUUUGAUGGGAUUGGAUGGGAUGGGAUGGAUGGGUUUCUUUUCCAUUAAUGAUGGGGACUGUGUAUGCUUUCAUUUCUUCUGAGGGGGAGUUCAGACGUAUGGACGACCUCCGCGAUAGACUGGGUAAGAGAGUAUGGUACAUAUACAUAUAUACACGUACAGCAGGAUAUGAGACAUGUAGGUUAGAUGAAACCGCAUUAUAGCUGCUUGCAAUCAGACACACACACACACACACAC